UCAGCCGCUCCAGAUCAGGGGGAGGGGCCAGCUGUGAAUUUGGAGCCUGAUCUAGGUUUGGAUCUGAAUCCGCCAGUGUUGCGGAGCGUUCAGAUGUGGGGAGCUAGUUCCCGCCCGCGCCACAUCACAAUGUGCCACUCCUGCCUCCCCAAUCUCCUCCCUGGCUCUGCACCUCGCCCCCUGCAACUGGAAUGUCAUUAGCGAGCUAGGCCUGACCACCUCCAUCACCUUUGCUGACCCCAUCACUUCCAUAGGGAAUGGCACUGAGGAUGCCAGGGGAACUGGCAUUCUCAGGUUGCCAGGAGCCAUUGUUCUAUUUACCAAGACAGUCCGAUGCCAGGACAGUGCCCCUGAGCUCUGGACAGGGCUAGGGCUGCAUUAAGACACCUGCCGUGCAGCUGCUGUAGAGUCAGCAGGAGACAUUGAGAUGGCUGAAGAAGCCCCCAAGGACCCCUCAAAGCCCAUCGGUGCCUGGGAGGAGACGAAACCUCCCCAAUGGAAGAGUUGGCAAAAGAGCCCACAGCAGAAGCAGGAGCUGUGUGUGCCUCAGCCCUUCCAUGCCGAUUCACCAUCCUAUUGUAAUGCCUGCUUGAUGAGGCUAGACUCAGAGGAGAAAGAGGCUCUGGACUACAUCAACGCCUUUCUCACGAGCAAUGAACAGGACGAGGCCAAGAAACUCAAGUUCUUGGAUUCCAUCAGCACCCUCAGCAACCUGCCUGCUUUUAUGGACAAAGCCCUGCUAGUGGAGAAGAUAAAGGAGCUGAUUGAUCACGAGUCCGUCGACUCCCUGACCGGCGUGAUGCGUCAGCAAGCUAUGCUCGCCAUCAUGAAGCUGAGCAAAAUGAAGCUACCACUGCUGGUCCUGACACAACCCAGCCUGCUCACCACCUGCUUCUCCAGCAUCUUCUCCCUGCCUCCAGCACACACCAUGGAGGAGGUGGAGGCUGCUCUCUACACCAAAACUUUGAAAACCAUGGAUGAGAUGCUGAAGGCCUUGGUGUGCGAGGAUCAGGAGCCCAACCUUCUGGUGCUGCAAAUCAUCUUGAAGGUCCUGCUCCCCUGGACCACAUCCAGGGAGGUACAUGAGCGGCUGAGGGCAGUGGGAAGGAUCAGGUGGCUGAUGGAAUUCCUGGGGUCUCAGUGCAAAUUCCAGGAAGUGGAGGAGUUCAGAGUCCUGGGCCAGCUGGUGGGGUGUCUCACUCUGUGCUGUGUGGAGCAGGAGCAGGAGAUCUGGCAGUCGGCUGUGGAGGGACUUCACCACCUCUUCUCCUUCAUGCAGCUGCUAAAAUCCAAAAUGCUGGUGAAGCACGGUGCAGAGUAUCGGCAGAUCCUCAAGGACAGUCAAACUGAGAGAGCCUUCUGGGUGACCAACAUCAGCAAUAUCACAUCGGCAAUGCUUCUACUAAUGCAGCCCAAUAUACCUGCCUACAUGACACACCGCAAGAUGCACUGGGGCUCAUCCAAACCUGAUCCCAGCUCCUUGUCAGGUUUGCUGGGAGCUUCCUCAGAGAUUAAUGCAAUAAAAGGCAUCAUUGCAUCUGCGUACGAGCACCAGCCCCUGCUGAGCACUAGAGAGUGUAUCCGUGCUGCGCAGUAUUGUGCCCCCGUGCACUGCCACGCUGGCCUCUGCCAUGCAUGACAGCUUCCAAUUGCUGGCUGGGUACUGUGCUGCCCAGGUGCAGUAAGCCAGGCCUGUCCCGGUAGAGUGGGGUUUGCCUGCACUCCUGGCCGGGCCAGUCCUGGCUGCUUGGCCGCU